AAAGCGAAAAAGAAAAGUGCGUAUAAGAGGAACAAGUUCCAACCGAAACACACCAAUCAGAUCCGCAAUUGCGUUUAUCAAGCGCCUCGUUCCAAUGAACGUAGCCGUGUGAUUAAUAUUCGUCAUCACAUGUUUCAUGAUCGAUGCGCCGCAGCACUUUCGAACGCGAGUGAGCGCGUGUUUUUGCGGUGUAAUCGACAGUUCUAAUGGACUUUCCGAUGUCAUAGAUAACGAAAAAAGGUCAGUAACCAAAGGUUCGAUCGCGAUGUCCCGGAGUUGCUGUCGAGCCAUCGUUGCGACACGAAGAGGGUGAUGCCGAACGGAGCGAUGUCCUCUGCUCUUCGUCCGAAAUGUCUCGUUAUUAUCGCGGUGUCAGGUUUCAAGUGUCAGUGUGUUCGAUAAACGUUCUUUCGGCCAAUUAAAUGCACAUUAACGAUCGCACGAAAUUUGCUUUACACGCUGCUCAGAAGCUCUUAAGCUGCCAUUACGUCGAUGUUUGACAGUUCCGAAAGCUUGGACGCUGACAUCGCGUGACUUGCUACUUCCAAACGGAGAGGGCUCGGACACGCUCGGUAUCAAGCAUGAACAAAUCCGUGGAGAACCUAUUGAUAUCUAGUCACGAGGUAAUCAAUAGCAUCAAUUCUUCCAACUUGGGUAAUCAAAAUUCUGCGACAAAUUUAGGAAGCGUAACAUCUCCGGAAAACGUUCAAGAGACGCAUUCUGGUUCCGGUGCCGAACGUAAUAGUCCUGUGUCCAGUCCUAAUCUAUCCCCGCGUCCUAGCCCGAGAGCCUACAAUAGACGAGAAUAUUCUAGGUUGAAUUCUGAUUCCUCCGCCAAAGAAUUGAUUCGUAUAAACAAGUCGGAAGAUCAGCUUUCGUCUCAGGAUCAGAUAAACAGAUCAUCGGAUUCGACUGAGCUUGGUAAAAGCUCCGCUCACGAGAGUAAAAAGGAAUCACGCGCCAGUGACCGAGCUAAGAAGAAAUCCUCCUGGUAUAAUGUAUUGUACCCAACUUAUAAGUCUCGUUCCGAGGACUUUAGACGAAUAUUCAAAGACGUGCCCGAUGACGAGAGGUUGGUGGUAGACUAUUCUUGUGCUCUGCAGCGUGAAAUAUUGGUACACGGUAGACUUUAUGUAUCUCAAAAUUACGUGUGCUUUUAUGCUAAUAUAUUUAUGUGGGAGACACUGGUCUCCCUACGUUGGAAAGAUGUUACAUCUAUUACCAAAGAAAAAACUGCGCUUGUCAUUCCAAAUGCUAUCCUGAUAUGCACCAUAACUGACAAGUUUUUCCUAACAUCGUUUGGAGCAAGAGACAAAACAUAUGUGAUGUUAUUUCGUGUUUGGCAAAAUGCUCUCAUUGGCGAGCACAUGAGUAUGGCUGAAAUGUGGCAGCUUGUACAUGCUUGUUACGGUGAUGAAUUAGGUUUGACGUCCGACGACGAAGAUUACGUACCACCGUUACCCGCAACGGACGAGGAGAAAUUGUCGACUCGUCUCUCCGUAGAAUCCUUUUCUGAGGCCGAAGUCACCAUGGAAAAUACAGCAAUUCCAGCCGUGGAUCCCGCUCCUGCUGAGCCAGCUGAGCUUCAACCGGUGGUUCAGCCACCGCAGCUUCAGCCGCAACCACUGCCCAGAUCGGAACCCGUUCUCGAUCCAACGGAUUUGAGCGAUACGACGGAAAGCGAGGCCGAAAAGCACGGCCUGAAAAUAAACAUGCGGAGCUCCAUGGUCUGCACCUCCCUGCAUGAAGGUCGGCAAGUUAACAAAGCAACAUUGCCUAUUCACAUCGACCAGCUGUUUACCUUGCUCUUCACAAAUUCGAAAUUCUUCUUAGAUUUCCAUACUGCCCGCAAGACUACCGAUUUGAUACAAUCCGCAUGGACGCAAAACACUCAAACUGAUCAGAAGAUGAGAACGCUUUCGUACACGAUAUCCUUGAGUCAGGCUCUCGGUCCGAGGACUUGCCAUGUUACGGAGACACAGGUGAUGCUGCCGUGUAGUAGGCCGGGCCAUCUCUAUUGCAUCGACAUAGAGAGUAUAAACGCCGGCAUACCUUACGCGGAUUCCUUCAGCGUCUCAACGCAUUAUUGUAUACACAGUAUUUCCGAGAACGAGACAGGUCUCAUGAUCUUCUCGCAGAUCAAAUACAAAAAGAAUGUGUGGAGUUUCGUGAAAAGUAUGAUUGAGAAGAAUUGUUGGGCAGGCUUGGAAGAGUAUUUCGAUAGUUUAACAAAGGCGUUGACGGUGGAGUGCGAAGAAGGCAGUGGAAGCGGAGGCUUGAAACGGAAAACUAGGAAACGACGACGCGCGACGGGCGUCGGAGCCACGUUGCAAACUCAUGCUUCCGAGCACAUGGCUGGGAAUCAUCAAAUCUCUCCUUCCAAUUCGUCGCAUGCCCACGCCAUUACCGCCAGGAGCGACACCAACAUGAUCCUCAGCACGAUACUAUUGAUCGCUGUACUGUGCUUGAUGGUAAUUAACGGCUUGUUAUAUUAUAAAUUAUGGGGACUCGAAGAAGCUGCUGCGUACACUAUUAUGGAUCUGCACGUAUUAAAAAAUACGCCAAAGACUGAGGAAGAUUGGAUCAAUCUUUUGCAGCAGCAAGAAAGUUUGCACAAUGUGGAAAUGAGAAAGUGGCAGAGAGUUCUGCAUACAGCCGCACAAUUGCUUAGACAGACUGAGGAAUCUUUAACGGAAUUACAAAUGAGCAUCCAUCCUACUGCAACGGAGAAAAUGUUCUCGGUGUUGAAACCAAAUUUGAAGAGUGUUGAUUCACGCACAGAACGGCGAAGCAAGACGGAAAUGUAAGACAAUUGUUACGCGAUUGGGUAAGGGCCACACGAGUUUUAAAUAUGUAAAAUCUGAUUUCGCAAUGAUCAUUGAAUUUCAAUAAGCAUACCGUAUACAAACUGCUAAAGUGUGUAUUCUUCCUAUUAUUGUCACUUUGAGGUUGGUCGGUAGUUCUCAUUGCGCUAUAUGUGUGCAGUUUUAUUGACCGAAUAUAAUAAGUAUUAUAAUAAUUUUGUUGCGGGAAACAAUGUGUGUGCGAAAUGUGUGUGUAGAGUCUACUUAAUAAUGAAAUUUGUGAUUUUAGUUUUAGAUACAGGCAUUUCAUUCAGGAUCCGUAAUGUAUACAUUUCCAAAUGAAUUUCAGUUGCGACAUCAGAGACAAGAGAAUUAGAAAUGUACGCGAGCUAUUUUUCUUAUUCAGAGGCGCACAAAUAAGAUCGGGGCUUAGGCAGUAAGAAUAGAGAAAAAGCGUAUGAUAACUUUUUACGUUGCAUGCAACAAUUUAUUGGCUGUGUUUCAUUUAUUAUCUGGUUUAUUGAAUACUGAAGUGCAUUCGACUUAUCGAAUACAAUCUUUCGUAUUCACAUUUGCCGAAUGUGCUUAUUUGGAUCAUUGAAUAUAAGUAUGUAUACAUCAGGUGUCAUGCCCAACUGGUAUCUUACAUAUGUCAAAUUUAUUUUCUGGUGUAUUGUGUGUGUAUACCUAAUGUAAUACACAACUGACAUGAAUACAACCAGGUACAAUCCCAACACUCCUUCGGCAUGUUAGAGUUACAAUAGGAUUCUUUCGCCGCAUUUAUCAUUCCGCUUAUUGAAUAAAAGUAUGCUGGUGUGAAUGCACCGGAUGCAAUGCGGACUGUUCUUGAAUGUUACAGUCAAAUAAGAUCCUGUGUACAUAUUCCAAAUUUAUUCUCUGGUUUACUGAACAUAAAUGUAUAUACAUUUAGUACGUGAUACACGAUUGAUACGAAUACAAUCGGAUGCAGUCCCAAUUUCUUUGGAAUAUAAUCGGAUAGGAUCUUAUUCGCAGAAAUUUAUUUAUCGUCGGAUUUAUCGAGCGCGAGAGCAUAUCCAUAUUUUCCGCAACGAUGAUAGUCUUCCAUUGCCGUAUGCUUUUUCUUAUACCUCAUUUUUUGUGCGGUGGAAUAAUUCUUGUAAAUAUAUUGGCACCACCUCGCAGCAUUCUCGUCGUAAUUUAUUCCAAAUGUAAACAAUUUUAUUGGUUUAUCAUCUUGUAAGUAAAAAAGGCAGCCCCAUGAUAGAUCGGAAGUCGUCAAUUGUAAAAAUCGUUCACUCGUAUCGACCACUUUCUACGACUGUUCUCGUCUCUAAUGUCGUAAUUCAAAAUGCCUGACGUAGUCACUGGCGAUCCUUAAUGCUAAUAGUUUAAGGAUUAGUGUACAGAGCAUACUCUGGAUGUAAACUUAACAUUUAAGUAUUACGAGUAUGUGUAUGAAUAUGUGUGACAGAUAAUAGAUGACUUUUAGAACGAUUCGUUGAAAUCUUUCAAAAAUUUUCUUUACUUUUUUCUCAAGACAAUCUAGGUGCAACAGCAGAAUUAAAAUAAUGUAUCCUGGCGAGAUAAAAAUAUUGAAGUGUUCUAAAAAAAAAAAAGCAAGGGA